GUUCGUUGUUUCCGCACAAAAGUUUUCGUAAUAAAUUCAAAAUCCCAAAGAAAUUGGUUAGAUGUUCUUUUUAAUGUUGUUCAGAUAGAGGACGAACGUGGUGCAUCGGUGCCAGAAUUUGACCAAAAGUUAAUCUCAUGUCUCGAAUCACACUCUCUAUUUCGAUUCCAUAACGAGCAAGCCGUUGCACAGCUGAGAACUACUGUGAGAAAAGCUAGCGUGUUAAGGCAAAUUGACCGUGAGGAUGUGGAAAUGAUGUAUACUGUUUGGGAAAAACAAGAUUGUCCGUUACAGGCGGAUAUUCCAGAUGAACCUCUUACCGUGAAACAGGUGUUGUCAAACGCGACCCGAGUUCAAGAUGACUAUUUUGUUUCUCCACAGGGAAAUGUACCGUUGGAAGAAGCCGCUACUCUUGAUUUGGAUCUCAUCAAUCAAUGGGACCGAAUUGGCGUGCCUGUUGCGCCUAUGCCAAAGGAACAAAAAAUCGACGCUAGUUAA